GGCUCUGUGCUGCAGUUAUCCCAAAGCAGGGGUGAAUGUGAGGAUAAAUGUGAGGAUGAAUUUGAGGAUAAAUGUGAGGAUAAAUGCGAGGAUAAAUGCGAGGAUAAAUGUGAGGAUGAAUGCGAGGAUAAAUGCGAGGAUGAAUGUGAGGAUGAAUGUGAGGAUAAAUGCAAGGAUAAAUGCGAGGAUAAAUGUGAGGAUGAAUGCAAGGAUAAAUGCGAGGAUAAAUGUGAGGAUGAAUGUGAGGAGCUGCAGGGAGCCAGGGAACGCUGCUGCUGCUGCUGCUGCUGCUGCGCUCACUCUGCCCUCAUGCCCAGGUCAGGAAGAGCAGGUAGAGGAGGCAGAGGAGGAGACCACAGAAGCCAAGGCAGAAGAACAAGAAGAUGAAACGAAAGCAGCAGGAGAAGGUGGAGAGGGAGACCGGGAGCAGGAACCUGGGGAAGGUGAAUCGAAGCCAAAACCCAAGGUCUUCAUGCCCAACCUGGUGCCUCCCAAGAUCCCAGAUGGCGAGAGACUGGAUUUUGAUGACAUUCACCGCAAGCGCAUGGAGAAGGACCUGAAUGAGCUGCAGGCCCUCAUUGAAGCCCACUUUGAGAGCAGGAAGAAGGAGGAAGAAGAGCUCCUGUCCCUCAAGGACAGGAUUGAGCAGCGGCGAGCGGAGCGGGCGGAGCAGCAGCGGAUCCGCAGCGAGCGGGAGAAGGAGCGCCAGGCCCGCAUGGCCGAAGAAAGAGCUCGCAAGGAGGAAGAGGAGGCACGGAAGAGGGCGGAGGAGGAGGCGCGGAAGAAGAAGGCGUUCUCCAACAUGCUGCACUUCGGGGGUUACAUGCAGAAGUCAGAGAAAAAGGGUGGGAAGAAGCAAACAGAGCGGGAAAAGAAGAAGAAGAUCCUCAGUGAGCGACGGAAGCCCCUGAACAUCGACCACCUCAGCGAGGACAAGCUGAGGGACAAGGCCAAGGAGCUGUGGCAGAAUGUUCAUGACCUGGAGGCUGAGAAAUUUGACCUGCAGGAGAAGUUCAAGCGGCAAAAAUAUGAGAUCAAUGUUCUUCGAAACCGCAUCAGUGACCACCAGAAAGUCAAAGGGUCCAAGGGUGCCCGUGGGAAGACCAUGGUGGGCAGCCGACGGAAGUAGAGGCUCAGGGAGAGAGGAGGCCAAGCCUCAGGAGCUGCAGUGGCUGCACAGAGCCCUGGCUGCAGGAAUGGGGGUUCCAGGGGGUAGAGGCCUCAUGAGUGUCCCAUCUCCACCCCCCAGUGUUGUUGUGUCUGUAAAUAAAGAGGUGGUGAGGGGGUGCA